GAUGAGUUGUCUCAACGUUGUUGCACAUCGCUAAUCGCCGAAAAGACUGGAGCGCAGGCAAAUAACAAGAAAAUAAAAAUCAUAAUUUGUUUUAUAACUAUAUCAUGAUGGAUGAGCAACUUAUUGAUGAAGUAGCUCAACACGGCGUCAUCUAUAAUCGGCAAAAGUAUUAUUUAAAUGGUAGCGCCAGCGGCGGCAAAUACGAGACCAAGGACGAGGCUUGGCAGCUCAUUGCGUUGAAGCUGCGGACGGACGUGGAAACGUGUAAGAAGCGAUGGAAAUAUCUACGUGAACGCUAUGUAUCACAACGCAAGCAAGGCGAUCCACCUGUUUAUGAGCAUUUAUCCCGUCCAUACUUGGAAAAAAUGAAAUUCCUGGAUCAGCACAUACAGCCGCGUAAAUCCUACCGAAACGUGCCCAACUUCUUGACCUCACCACAAUCGGCGAAUAGCUCCAAUUAUAGUGAAUAUAAUGUGGAUUCCAAGUCGAACAGCUCACACAAGAAUAUGUCGCAUUUCGGUGGCCAGAAUCAUCAUUAUCAUCAUCAGCAACAACAGCAGUCGGGAACGGUGGAUCAGCAGCAUCCAAUGAAUGCACUCAGCACAGCUGCCGCCUCAGCUCUAGAGAAUGUCAAUGGACAAGUAAAAAUAGAGGCGGAAAUAUUUAGAGAUUUUGCGGCUGCCGUAGCCUCGCAGCAACUGCAGCAUAUAUCACAAUCACAAAUGCAACAGCAACAGGCGGCAGCUGUGGCCGCAGUUAUGGCUGACUCGUCGCAGGGCUAUCAGGAGCCGAUAAUGAAUGGCACUGGCAGCACAGGUGGCCUUACCUCAACGUCUUCCUCAAUGAAAUCACCGCUGUCGUCCCCUCUGCCUGGUAUGGGUGUAACUCCGACCACACAGCAAGAGGAGCAGGCGACUGCAAUAGCGUCUCAACAGUCAGCUGUACAUUCCUCAUCCAAUGUUCAGGCUAACUACAGUCAUAAGAGCAGCGAUGAAAUGCAUUCCUCGUCAAAUUAUCACAAUAAGAAGCCCCGCGUGCAACUGAACUCCAAUGGUGUCAGCAAUCAUGCACAGCAUGCCAGCAAUGGUAUGUCUAAUCCAAAUGGACAUUUCGGCCAAGACACCGAUGAUGACUCGGAUGACAAUAGCACUGAUCUAAUGGAACCACAGACAAUGUUGCACCAUGAAAAUCACUACAACAAUUCAAUCAAUAUGCAACGCAACAGCUCAAAUGGCAAUGUCAAUGGUAAUAAUAAUAAUCAACAGCAGCAGCAACAGCAGCAACAACAACAUCAGCAACAGCAGCAGCAACAACAACAACAGCAACAUCCGAAUAUGUUUCCAUCAAAUACGGAUUUCCUCUUCCAGCUUUAUCAGCAACUACCACAGCAACAGGCUGCAGGUAGCUCACAUGCUUCCAACUAUGGCAAGUUCCAAACGCCAUCAAAUCCACAUGGCAUGCAACGUUCCUCGGAACAUUUACUGGGCGAACUGGUCACCACGGAGCUGUUGAAAAUGAAUAAGGAUCGUCGGAAAAAUGUACAAAAAAGAAUAUUGGAAAUACUCUUCUUUGAUGAUUAGGCAGCAGGGCAGCAAAGUCCUACAGUAUUAGGAGUUUCUGUUGUACAUAGUGUAUAUAUAGGGUAUAUGC